ACGAAACCCAAAUCGAGCCAAACCACCACACUUCAGUCCUCCUUCUUCUUUGUUUUUGUUUUUUACUCACAGUGUCCGACUCGAUCUCAUCCUCGCUUGCUUGAGAUCUAGAGCUCUACUUUAUCUGCACUCACACACGCACGCACGCACGCGCAUUACAUCCACGGUGGAAGACUUUUCAACGGCAAAGUUAGCCAAGCUGUAGCGUGAUCCCAUCACACAACCACACAAACCACAUCCUCUCUUCUCUCUCUCUCUCUCUCUCUCAUUCGCAAAUCAAACUCUACAAACAUGCGCUCGCUGGAAGCUGAUCUGACGGACGAAAUGAGCGCAAUGCUCAUCGAGAAGGAGUUUAUCGGCGACUACAUUGUGACCAAGACCCUCGGCGAAGGCGCCUUUGCGAAAGUCAAGCUGGCUGUGCACGCCUUUACCAACCAGAAGGUCGCCAUCAAGGUCAUCGAGAAGCGAGACAUUACCGACCCCUAUGUGAUAAAAAACCUGUAUCGCGAGGCGCAGAUCAUGAGCCGCCUGCGCCAUCCGCACGUCAUUGAGCUGUUCGAGACCAUCGAGACUGAGGACCGCUACUGCCUCGUCAUGGAGCACUGCGGCGGCGGCGAGGUGCUCGAUUACAUUGUCGCGCACGAGAAGCUGAACGAGCGUGAAACACGCCGCUUCGCCCGCCAGCUCGUCUCUGCCCUCGAUCACAUCCACCAGCGCGGCAUUGUCCAUCGUGACAUGAAGCCCGAAAAUCUGCUGCUCGAUGACCACAUGAACAUCAAGCUCAUUGAUUUCGGCUUGAGCAACAUCUUUGAGGGCAAGGACGCGCUCCGCACACGCUGCGGCUCAUUCGAGUACUCUGCACCCGAGCUGAUCGGUGCAAAGCCGUACCUCGGUCCUGAAGUCGACUUGUUCACACUUGGCGUGAAUCUUUAUGCCAUGCUGACGGGUGUGCUGCCCUUCCAAAGCGACAACAUUUCAGUCGUUUACGCCCUCCAGCUGCAAGAGGAUUACUAUGUUCCUCCAGAGUGGUCGCCAGCGCUCAAGCACCUGAUCAAACGCCUGCUCUGCCCAGACCCAAAGAAGCGCGCGUCCAUGAGCGAAUUGCGAUCGCAUCCUUGGCUCAACGAAGGCUAUCAGCCAUUGCAGCCGUGGGACAUGUCGGCCUACCCGCUGACGGUUGCGCAGCCGAACGAGCUCGUCUUGGCCAAGAUGCAGUCGCUGCGCUUCGACCUAUCGGCCACCGUUGAAGCCUUGCGCACUGGCGUGCGUUCGCGCGAGACCGCCACGUACAAGUUCUUUGUGAUGAACGCACACAAGCUGCUCAAGCAGCAGGAGACGCCGAGCAACCUUGUCAUGAAGCGCGCCAUGUCCGAAGCGGUCGGCAACAAGUACCGCGGAACAGUCACCAUUGCUAACGCACCCGUCAAGGUCAAUGUCGUUGACGUGACGAAUAUUUGGGGCGGCUCGGGUGCCGGCGGCGUUGGUCUGGCGCGCGUUGCCUCGCGCAACAACACACUCGUGAACGACGCCGACAAGGGCAAGGGCGGCGGUUUGAUGGCGCUGGAGACUGCGCAGGCCGCCGCUCGUGUCGCCACUCCCACCCAACACACCGAGAGCCCUCCUGCGGUCGAUCGGCGAGAGGGUGCGGUUGGCGUGAUGUUUGGGUUGAAUGACUCGUCGCCCAUGGAAACUGCGCCCGCACAAGCCAGCCAGGCUAUUACUGCAGCUGCCCAACAGCAACAGCAGCAACAGCAGCAGCAGCAAAAGCAACGUCCUACCCCUGCCGUGUACGUGCAAGCACCCACGGAAUCGGCACGACCGUCCGCCCAGCAGGCUGCUGCCGCCGCUGCCGCUGCACAGCGCCACCAGGGAGGCAACAAGCACAUGGAACCUCCAGGAAUGCGCAAACAGGCCGCCUACUCUGUCGCCGUUGGCGGUGGCGCUGGCGGUCUCAUGUCGCUGGCUGGUGCCAACCGACAGGCACUCAACACGGUGGACGAUGACGACGAGCCGCUCGACAUGAACACAAUGAACCUCCUUCGUAACCACAUUGACGACUUUACGCCAAUGUCCAUUUCGCCGUCCAACUCUGCCGUGCUCGCCGCGCAAGCCUCUGAACACAGCCAGGCCACCCCCAUGGCCACCUCCAACACCCCCACGACCGCGCCUGCACGGCCCGUGGCCAUCCCAGCUUCGCCUGCCGGCGCUACUGCUGGCGGCCUCAUGGUCCAGCAGCAGCCGCCGCAAAAGCCGCAGCAGCAGCAGCAACAGCAAACAGGCGGCGCUGGCGAAGGUCGCAACUCGCGCCCCGUCUCUCCCUCGCCCCUCGAAAAGCAAGACUCGCGUCUCGGCUCGUUCAUUAAAAAGAUCAAGGAUCCCUUCAGCCGAACCAAAAAGACAGACAAGCCGUCAGACGCGCCUGUCGAAGCUCGCGCCACCCGCUUUGCCCUCAACGCCAGCCUCACCUCGACCAAGUCCCCCGACAAGCUGCUGCAAGAGGUGCGUCGUGUUCUGGAUGCGCAAAGUGUACCAUACACGGAGGCGGUCGACAGCCCUUACUUGCUCUCCUGCACGGGCCGCAACAUUCGCUUUGAAAUCGAAAUGUGCCGCGUUCCUGGGCUCAACUUGCACGGCAUCCGUCUGAAGCGUAUCGGCGGUGACUUGUGGGCGUACAAGGAGUUUACUCAGCAACUGGUUCAGCAGUUGCAGCUCUAAAGAAGAAGAAAAGAAAAACAAUGGACAGCAUGGCUCGUCGACUUUGCCGGCUUCAUUUUUAUUAUUGUUAUCCUUUUUGUUUCUGCAUUUGAAGUCUGCGUCGUCGUCGUCGGCCUUUUGUGUGGAUUCUGUUUUUGCGGGUUUCCUGUUUGUCCCAUCAUUUUUUUUGCGAUGAAGUACUCAAUUUACCUCGUCGUUGUUGUCGUUGUUGUCGUUGUUGUUGUCGUCAUCGUUGUCGUUGUUGUCGGUGUUGUUGUCGCCGUUGGCGCCUGGGCUGACAUUGUGUCACUGUGAAUUCCAUUCAAUGUGUUUUUUUUUUUUUCUUGACACAUAGUCC